AUGCCAGAACAUGCUAAAGCAAUUAAUAAGCUAAAACCCUUAAUCACAAUUGUAAAGCCCAAGAACAACAGUAAUUUAUACACAGAAUCUGAAAACUUCGAAGACACUGAAAACAACAAAGAACAAACGAACAAAAGAAAAGAUCAAAGCCAGAUUUCUCUUAGAAUUAAUUACCAAAUAGUAAAUAAUGGACAAACGUUAAAAAUUUAUAACUAUUUGAAAAAUAUUUGGGAGACUUUUCAAUUUGAUUUAAUUUUGGAUUUUGACGUAGAUCAACAGCAAUUAUACAAAAAACUUUUUCAAAAAAAUAAGGUAUUAGAAAAUUUUAUUACCCGAGGUAAAAAUUUGACAAUUCUAACUUAUGGUCAAACAGGAUCUGGAAAAACUUGCACAAUGUUUGGAAAUGAAAAAUCAGGAGGUAUUAUUUCGAACGUCACUGAUGAAUUAUUUUCCAAAAUUAAAGCAUAUUCACCAAAUAAAAAAUUUAAAGUAACUGUUUCAAUGUUUGAAUUAUACAAUGACCAGAUCAAGGAUCUAUUAAACAUAGAAAACAAAAGAGAAAUUUUAGUUUCCCAAGUAAAUAAAAAACAUAUAAUUUUGAAAAAUUUAAGUGAGCACAAAGUUGAAACUUCUCAAAAGGCCAUAGCCUUCAUUAGAUGUGGUCAGAAAAAUAAAACAAUAAAAAAUGAAACCGGUUCAAAAUUACACACUUUGGUCAAGCUAAAUUGUUAUGUUUCAAGUAAAAAUAGUAGGUCCAAUAAUAAAUUCAUAUUAGCUAACUAUAUAUAUUUAGUGGACUUGGCUGGAUCAGAAGAAUUGUUACUGAAGUCGGACAAUAGCGAAAAACAAGACAAGGAAACAAAUAAUAUUAACAAAUCCUUAUCCUCUUUAGGUUUAAUGAUAAAAUCUUUGACGGGAUCACUAAAUAGUGAAACAACCAAUAAAAAAAGCCUUCCCGCAUGUAAGAACGCAAAAUUAACUAGAAUAUUACAGCACUCCUUGGAACUGAAAAACGAAACAAUUUUAAUUUUAACCUGUUCCACAGUGUCUAAAAAUUAUUGGGACACUUUAUCAACUUUAAAAUUUGGAGAACGAGCAAAAUUGCUUAACAAAAUUGACAAAGACGAUCAUAUUUCCAAUAAUUCAUCAAUUGGUCCAGAUUCGCAAUAUAAUACUGACAUGUUAGAAAAAGUAUCAUUUUUAGAAAAAGAAGUAGAUAAAUAUAGGCUAAAAGAAUUGGAAUUUCUGAAAAGGCAAAAACAACUACAAACAGUUUGUAAAAAUAAAAACCAAGCUCAACUAGUUAAAUACCUUGCUGAAACUCACCAUUUAUUUAUUUCAUGUUUUUUCAACUGUGCACAGGGGAAAAUGGCAUUCGGAAACAUAGGAAGAGGUCUAAUUUCUUUUAAUAACGUUUCCCCCAUUACACAAGCUGUAAAUCGUAAUCCAAACAUGAAAAUAGCGACUUUAAUGACCAAAUGUGAAGAAAAUGAAAAAAAAAAAAAAAAAGAAAAAAAAACUAAAUUAAAUAACAUUGUACAAUAA